GCCGUUUCAACCAACCGCCCGCCGACGGCGCGCGCGAAAUUCAAGCGGGUCGUGCGCGCGGACGCAGUGCUGCCUGGGUGCCCGCUAAGUCGCUUAGAAACAAAACACCGUCCUCUGACCUUUUGCUUUGAACCAAGAUGGAUGUUGCAGCUCAUUUCUUCACCAAGUUAAGAGUACUUGCAAUAAAUUUGGAGAAAGAGAUCGAAUAUUUGGACCAUGCUUUGAAUCAUGAAGAUGAUCAUGAAGAAACUGCUCCCAAAAAGAUCCUUCAUGAAUUACAUUCUGAAGUUAGAAAUAUUAAGGCAGAUUUACAUAAAAAAAUAGAAACUCUUGAAACAGAACACACAGAGAACGAUGUAUUACUCGGAGCCUUCCAGAUUCUGCACCAGAAGAAUAGUGCAGACCUUGAAGAAAUUGAAGAACACUUUCAGAAUUAUGGAUAUGAGUCCUUGCAUAAAAAAGAUGAAGAACCACAGAUGAAAUCCAUGGAAACUGAAACUGAAGUGGCUGAAAAUGCUGGAUCUGAGGCUGAACCACAAAAUGAAGAAGUUAAUACUCCACAGUGUGAGAAGCCUUCGCUGACUGACCAUUUGCGUACCCCACAGCUUGGAGAUUUUGGACUUGGUCAUUUAAUGUUUCAAAGUGUUUGUGGAGUGCCAGAGUGUACCUUGCCUUCAGAUCCUAAAAUGGCUCGGGAAUUCCCUGGAAACUAUGAUGUGCAUUCUUCCAUAUGUAAAGAUCCAGUUUGGCCAAAAACACCAAAGUGCACAUUGCAGCUGGGUGAUGAGAUGCUCCUUACUCCCAAGAUGGAAAGUUUUGAAAUUGGUGAACACACAGGCUGUGUAAAUGAUUUUACCAUGGCUCUGUACAAUAAACGUGAUCAACUGAAGAACAACAGUGGUAAUCCUUCAUCUACAGCAGAAGAUUUUCCACCAAAAGCCUCUUCAUCAGCACAGAUUGUAAGGGAUGGUUUUGUGCCUUGUAUGUCAAUGCCUGACGAUAUGUUGAAUUCUCCUUUGCCUCCUGUGUUCUGCACACCUGGUCUGAAAGUACACCAAGAUAACUCCAAAGUUUCAAUGGAUGAAGUAAGAAGAUCCAAUGGUUCAAUUCCUUCACCGGCUCUACCAAAUUUUGAAACCCCCUGGUUGAAAAAGCAAUCUACUUCUCAAAUUUUAAGAAAAGAGGGAACUAAAGCAUUUAUGCAAAAUGCAUCAGAAGAACCUCAGCUACUAUCUAUGAGCUCUGAAAAUUACUUUUUGAAUGGAGACACCAAAUCACCAACGCCUCUACCAAUGAUGACUAACUAUGAAAUUCUUUUUGACACACCAAAAAUCCCAGAAAUGACCACCACAAUUCCAAGUGAUGUCCUUGAGAUUAUAUCAUCGUAUGAUGUGAAUUUGAAGACUCCUUAUGGCCAUAAAUCUAGUAAAGAGAAUUUCAUCCAUUUAAUGCAAUGAUUCUUGCAGCAUGGAAUAAAUUUAAGAAGGAAAAUAGAAAGUGACCUGUUUUGACAUUUAUGUUUUGAUGUGAAAAAUUAAAUGGAAUAUAAGAACAUUGGAUUAAUUGGAAAAUUCAGAACUGGACUAGAAGAGUGCUUCUGGAAGUAGAACAGCACAGUGCUGUUGAAAAGCAGGCUCGAAGCAACAACAGAUCCACAUUGACUGAAGUGGUUUAUAUAAAUAGUAAUGUAGAACAAAUGUUCAGUUGUAAUGAAGCACAAAGAGUUGUUUCCAUACUUUCAAUACGUUCUCCCCGUGAUCUGCUUGGGUUUUCUUCGAGAUCUUCGGAUUCCUCCCACACUCCAUAAAUGUACAGGUAAUUGGCUUGGUGAAAAUGUAAAAUCGUCCCCAGUUUGUGUAGUGUACGGGGAUCGCUGGUCGUCGCGGACUCUGACCCAGUGGGCCUGUUUCCGCGCUGUAUCUCUUUAAAAAACUGGAUUUUUAAAAAAGAUUUUAAACAGUGGUUGAUGUAUGUUUGGAGCCAGGGUGCCGGCCCUCACAUGAUGGAUAUUGUGCAUCUUGUUCACUGUCCUUUGAAGCUUUAAGACCUAUUGUAUCUAUUUUAUAUAUUUUUGAGGCUGGAAUAAAAUGCAUUACUUAAGUUGUGACUGAUCUUGACAUUCAGUAUGUGAUUAUGCAAUUGAUCUAAUUCCCACAUUCUAAUACUUUGGUCGUGAUGAUAAUAGUGUAAAAUUCUCAAUUUUUAUACAAUUAAUUGAUUUGUGUAUACUAUGAUUAACAAAUAAACAUAUGCUGGACUCUGAUUGCA